AUGGUUUCUGCAGGUGUUGGCCAUACCGUGCUUCUCCAACCAGAUGGCACUGUUGUGGCUUGUGGUAGCAAUGCUGGGGGCCAGUGCAACAUUCCAGAUUUGAAUGAGCUUUUUACAUACACCCAGGUUUCUGCAGCGUAUGAGCAUACAGUGCUUCUCCGAAGUGAUGGCCGUGCAAUUGCUUGCGGAAGCAACUCGGGUGGGCAGUGCAACAUCCCCACUUUGGAUGACGGUGUUACAUACACCCAGGUUUCCGCAGGCUUUGGUCACACCGUGCUUCUCCGGAGUGACGGUCGUGCAAUUGCUUGCAGAAGCAUUUUGGGCGGGCAGUGCAACAUUCCCGCUCUGGAUGAGGGUGUCGCAUACACCCAGGUUUCUGCAGGCUUUGGUCACACCGUGCUUCUCCGAAGUGAUGGCCGCGCAGUUGCCUGCGGAAGCAACUCUGGCGGCCAGUGCAACAUUCCAGCUUUGGAUGAGGGUGUUGCAUACACCCAGGUUUCUGCAGGCUUUGGUCACACCGUGCUUCUCCGAAGUGAUGGCCGUGCAGUUGCCUGCGGAAGCAACUCUGAUGGGCAGUGCUAUAUUCCAGCUUUGGAUGAGGGUGUGACCUACACACAGGUUUCUGCAGGCUUUGGUCACACCGUACUUCUCCGAAGUGAUGGCCGCGCAGUUGCUUGCGGAAACAAUUCUCUUCUGCAGUGCAAGAUUCCAGCUUUGGACGAAGGUGUGACCUACACCCAGAUUUCUGCAGGACAUGAGCAUACAGUGCUUCUCCGAAGUGACGGCUUUGCAGUUGCUUGUGGAAGCAACUCUGAUGGGCAGUGCAACACUCGAUGUUUUUUCAGAACCCAGGUUUCUGCAGGCUUUGGUCACACCGUGCUUCUUGACGUUGAUGGCUUUGCUGUCGCCUAUGGGAACAAUUCUGGCGGGCAGUGCGCACUUCCAGGUUUGGAUAUGGGUGUGACAUACACGCAGGUUUCUGCAGGACAUGAGCACACAGUGAUUCUCCGAAGUGAUGGCCGCGCAGUUGCUUGCGGAAGCAACUCUGGCGGCCAGUGCAACCUUCCAGAUUUGGAUGAGCUUUUUACAUACACCCAGGUUUCUGCAGGCUAUGAGCAUACAGUGCUUCUCCGAAGUGAUGGCCGUGCAAUUGCUUGCGGAAGCAACUCGGGUGGGCAGUGCAACAUCCCCACUUUGGAUGAAGGUGUUACAUACACCCAGGUUUCGGCGGUUGCGAAGCGCCUCUGUCUGGCUUCGGGCAGCUCUUUUCGGUGGUGGGCUUCACUUGGACGUGUUGUUUGCUACUCAGUUGGUUGGAAUUCUGUCUCGUGUUCAGCGCAGGAGGGCUUUGACUUGGUCUUCUGUGUCUGGAACGCCUGCUCGCGCGUUGAAGGAUUGGCUUUGUUCUCAUGGAUGGAUCUGUGGCUUUUUAGCUCUGUGGAUUGGGUGGCGGCGCUGUUCACUCAGUGCCCGUCCACGUGCGUUUCUGCAGGCUUUGGUCACACCGUGCUUCUCCGAAGUGAUGGCCGCGCAGUUGCCUGCGGAAGCAACUCUGAUGGGCAGUGCAAGAUUCCAGCUUUGGAGAAGGGUGUGACCUACACACAGGACAUGAGCAUACAGUGCUUCUCCGGAGUGAUGGCCGUGCAGUGGCUUGCGGAAGAACAUUUGCAUUUGCGGAAAGAUGGACGCCGUCCGGCCUUGUACAAACCCACGGCCUUCGAGAUCGAAAAGAUGCGAAACCGAGACAAUGCUGCUGGCGACGACGACUGGGAAGAUGAAUUUAAUGUUGAGCGAAACUUCUGGGUCACCUUCAUCCGAAAGAACCCCAUGCGGAAACCGGGCCAGAGAAUUGACGUGGCCGAGUGGGGCGAUGCCGAUGCCUCCUUGAUGGGCCCCAACGGGCCAUCCUUCAUCGGCAAAGUCUUUCGGGAUCCCAUGUCCGCCAAGGUGAAGCUGGUCUACGACGGCCACAAUCGCUACGACUUCCACGCGGUGGAUCUCUGGACGCGACCAACGGUCGAAGGAUCCAUCGAGAAGUUGAAGAAAGAUCGCUAUUUGUUCAAACCCAUCCCGAUGCUCUAUCGCACCUGGAUGUAUCACGAAUCCUACCGGCACCACAAGAACAUCGAUGCCACCUCGGAGGAUGCAGGGGUCAUCCGAGAAAUCCUGAACUUCAUGUGCAUCGAUGCGGAUCUCUCAGCAGGUCGCUGGUCGCCGCUGGUGGCCUUGCUCCCAGCCUCCUUCUGCUGUGCGCUCACCUGCGACGAGCUAUCGGUGGGUGCAGCUGUGGUCCUCACCUGGAUUAUGCAGAGGGCUGGGAUGAUGCUCAACAGUCCCGAAAGAUACAAGGAGCUUCGUUUCUGGCUGCUGCUGCCACGCUUGGCCUGGAUGGCCUUCGUGAUUUGGCGCGCCGUGAGCUGGAUCCCGGACGCGGUCGCCUUGAACAUCAUAGGCCUCAUUGGUACCUUGAUCUUCUGCUUGUUGGACCUUUUUUACGGAGACAAGGAGACCUUUGCGAAAUAUCGAUUGAGCUGUAGCUAUGAGAUCCUGAAGACCUUGCCCAACCGAGUCUUCGUGUGUCGCCGUGUCGGUGCGGCGGACCUGGAGAAGCUCUUCGGGGGCCGGGGCCGCGUGCAUCAAAACGUCACCGGCAUCGGCGCCUGGGCACGAGAUAUGGUGGUGAUUGCAGAGAUCAUGGGAUGUAUCUUCGAACUGCGACCUUUCAGUCAAAAAGAUUGGAAUCUACUGAUCCAGCAGAGCAGAGGAGACGAUAACGCCAGGCUGUCCGUGUGGGGCCUGGACUGCUACAACCGGAGCUGCCCGACGUUUCUGGACCUGCGACGGCGGCAACAGGUGGAGUCUGCAGCCUUCAUGUCCAAGGUGGGCACCAGACACGCCUCCGGACAAGUGGAUGCAGAUCGGCUCCUAAAUCAACUGGCCACCAACAAGAGCCUCUUCCAACGCGAGAUGGACGCGCACAAAGAGUGUCAAACUCUGCGCGAACAUUCACCGCCUGGAACUCCCAAGAACCAGCCCGACCUGGAUGACGACGUCAUGCUGAAAUGA